AUGUCCGAUCACAUCAACUUCACUCCAAACAUGGACGCCGAGAUGGCUGAGCUCGAGCACGAUGAGAAGCCUCUCGACUCUGUCACCAUGGAUCACAGCAAGAUCAACCCAGACAAUGACCUCACCAUGGCUGAGUCAAAAGAGGGCGAGAAGUCGCAAGACGAGAAUCUCAUGGAAGGCGAGGAGCAUCAGAUCAACGGCACAGCUCUAGCUGAGCUCGACGAACACGAUCCCAAUCCGCCACUCGCGAUCGAUCCCAUCAAGUUCCGACAUCUGGUGGCAGAGAUUUUUCAAGACCUCCCUGGACACCAGCAUGACGACUUCCGUAUGCAGACUUCUGCAUUGCGCGCGCUGCAGGAGGCCUCAGAGGUCUACUUGGAGUACUUGUUCGCACAUGCUGCCUUAGUUGCUGAGGAUCGGAAACGUAUCACCGUUGGCACCCAUGAGAUCCGCAUGGCACUCCGCUGGCAGGCUGCGCGCAAAGCGGAGGAGGUGGCGGAGAUGCUUAAGGCUAAGGCUGCGGAGAUGCUUAAGGCUGAGGCUGCGGACAAUGCUGAGGAGGGACUUGAGACCGCAGUGGAGUCAUCGGAGAUUGAAGGCUAG